AUGGACAAGCCAGCCCAGGAACACACCAUGGCCAACAUCCGGCCCAAAUUACUCCCAAAAGAAAGACCUUCAGAGCCCCGAAACCACCUCCACUUCGAUCCCUGGCAAUCAGCCUCAACGGGCCACCAGCGCGCAGCCGAAUCCGGCGGUUUCAUCGGCUCAACGUCGUGGCGAGAUGCGCGCGCAGCGAAAUUAACCAGACAAUAUCAAAGCGGAGACUGUCUAGCAAGACAAAGACGGGGAUCAGGAAACACAACUAUCAAAGAACGGUCGCUCGCACCGGGCGCAUUUGAUGGGAAAUGCGCAUCGCCGUCGCCGCCCAGAGCAUCCGGGGAAUGGGUCAUGCUGGCAGGCGAAGAAGCCAAGCGGAAUGAACUCGGUGUGCGGGAUAUUCGGUCAUUCAUGGGUGUUGGCAAGCGGAAAGCCACCGAUGGGCUGGAGAAGAAUACGCAUUUAGAAAAGAAGAUGCGAUCUAUCGAAAAUGAGAGCCAGUGCUCGGACCGGAGUCAGGCUCAAGAUGGAAAGGGAAAUGAUAAGUCUCAGAUAACAGACGAGUCCCAACCCGAGUCCCGAUCUGGAGCUGGGCUCGAUUUGAAAUCGACUUCGGAUAUCUUCGCUGGUGUUACGAUAUUUAUUAAUGGCUCGACGGUCCCGCGGAUCUCGGAGUAUAAGUUGAAACAUCUACUCGCGGCAAAUGGGGCCAAGACUUCGAUUUACAUGGCUCGGAAGACGGUGACGCAUGUGCUUGUUGGGCAGCCUAAUACCGGGACUGGAAGUGGAAUGGCUGUGUCGGGUGCAGGUGGAGGUCUCGCUGCAGGUAAGCUUCAGCAGGAAAUUGCCCGUGGGGGCUGGAAAGGUGUGAAGGUUGUGAGUGUGGACUGGGUCCUCGAAAGUAUCAAAGCUGGACGCCGACUGGCGGAGUCUCGAUUUCCUGGUAUGCAUGUUGCCACGAAGGGGCAGCGAAGUGUUGCUGGGAUGUUUGGGUUGCAGGGAGUGAAGAAGUGA